AUGUUGCCCAAUUUCUUGCAAAGCAGUUACACUCGCUACAAGGAUGAUACCAACAGCUUUGCAACCUGGCUACUCGAGGCAGCCAGCAAAUGUGGCCAUCAACCCGACGGCCUGGCCUCUACCGCCCUUCCAUUGAAAAAGGACAAAAGCAAGAGCAAAAGCAAGGCCGCCAGUGCCUCCUCCGGUCCAGUUCAGUACACCACAACCAUCAAGGAUCUUCAAGUUUUCGCUGAAGUCGUUGCAAAAUCAGCCCUCACUGUGCCUACGCCGGUUCUCACCAUUGCCAAACGAGCGAUCAAGUUGAGAAAACACGUCACAUCCUGGUUUCUGGGGCAGGGCGAGACCGAAAACGAAAAACGGCACGCUCACUUUAUCUCUGCGUUGGAACGGGUUUGCGAGACGCUGGAAUGGAAGACGAACAAACCUUCCAACCCAGAUGCCAAGCAGCCUCGUCCAACCGGUGAUACCAAAGAUGGCGAUGCGGACCUCGACAUGUUCUUGAACAAAUUCGCUGUACUUACCGUUGAGGAACCACAAGAACAUCAACAGAAGCAGGGAGCCUCCCCCGCAUCGCAGAAGAUCGUGAAGGUGGAGCUCGUUGAGAAUGACGAGGAUGAGGCAACAGCUUCAUAUUUCGGCCACAUGUUCUUCAAGGCAUUCUGCUUAUUCCAGGAUUUGCACAAUAUGCGGGCCUUCAUCUCCCAUACCUGGUCAGAAUAUCGAGACAAAAAGAUCGAUCUGAUGAACGCUGCUCUCGUGACCGAUGGUGCAUUACAACUUGCGCGAGAUCUGGUGCAGGUGGUGGUGGACGACUGGGCUUCUUCCACCCUUUCGCCUGAUGAAAACUUCCAGGACCUGGUUUUCAGAGCUGCCUGUAUCACCCGGGGGAUCCUUCCGACUCCAUCUGUUGAAGUCGGCCUGCCAUACAACAAACACAUGGCCGAUGUCGCCGAGUGGUGCUAUUUGCCAACCUGGGUCAUCCUGGAAUCGUUCAGCCGUGUUUUGCAGAAUAAUCAUCUGCCGGUCUUCAAGAAAGGCCAUUUCGGUAUUUACGAUCCUAAGGCAAACAGAGAUGGGAUGUCUCUGGGGCAGAAAUUCAACGAGGACAAGAUCCUUCUUCUCCAACUCUUACCGGAGUUUUGUAUGAUCGAUACGUUCGGUAUUCGCAUGCUUACCUCGGAUUCGAUUACUAGAGGUCUUGUUGAGUUUUGCAAAACCAAGAUGGUCGAUCCAUGGCUUUGCUUCGCCUCCCAAAUCCUUCUUGAUGUUCAUCAUAUUAUGCGUUACAGCACCCUAAGUACAUUUCAAGACCUCCGGAUGUCGGGACUGCGUAUUCAAAAAACCAUUGAUGACUACUUGAAGAUUUCGAAGACUCACCCACAGCCCCAAUUCUGGCCCAAGGAGGGUGACGAUGAGAUUAAAAAUAUCCACUUCACCGUGGAUUCAUGGAUCAUCAAGGAUCCCUUCUCAGAGCUACGACGUGUUUCAUUUCCAGGGAACGAUGCGUUCGAGAAACAUGUGCUUUUAUCCCAGCACUCCAUUCUUUGUGGCUUGAGCUUGUUUCAUCUCAACACUCGGAUGCAGUCUGCUGGCCUACAGCUCAUCACUCAGUGGUACGAUGUCCAGCAACUGGCAUUCUUAUACAAUCUUGUGAAAGUUCAAUCGCAAAAGAACCUGAGUUGGCCUGAUAUGGAGGCUUUCAUUAAGAUUCAUGGCGAGUCUCAUAUCUUCAUCGGGUCUCGACCCAAAAAUGCUAGCGAGUCUUUAAAUAGACUUGAACUGGCCACAGGCCUAUCAUCGACUGCCAAAUUUGCCCGCGAUUCCCGCAACAGGCAAGACUUCCAUCGCCCCGAUGGAAAGAAUCCCAGAGUACUUACGCCAACAACUACAAUUGCAAACAUGUUCCGAGCCCAGUAUGUCGCUGGUUAUGAGGAAGGCGAUGGUAUUGGAAACAUUGACAAGGUCCUGGAUAAGCUUUCGCAAGAACUAGGUCCCAGAUCUACCAAGGAGAAGCUACGACCAUCCGAUCCGCAAACAAUGUUUCAGCGAAAGUGGUCUCAUACUCGCAACAUUGGCGCCCUGCAACUUCUCGCCCUCUUGAAGAGCAAGUUGGCCGAAGAAGAGCCUCUGAUCUUGUUCAACUACUUCGGCAUGCAUAAACGCUCCAUCGAGCUGCUGAGACUGAUCAAAGCGAAAGAGCACCAUAAAUUUGUCCAAUAUUUCACAGCUGCGUACAUGCCUGAUGAAUCCUUUAUCUCAAACAUCGUGAUUCUGAUUCAUCACGUCGCGCGAGGCUCGGCGGAGAGUUCCCGUGAAUUGGGAAUGUCGUCCAUCGUGAGCAAUGGUAGCCAGAUUGUCAGUCGAAUUGUCAUGAGCUGUGGCGAUGUUAUGAAGGAAUAUCUGCAAAGAAAUGGCGACGUGGCAUGCAAAGAGCUGAGGGUUUUUUGCAAGAACAAAAAUGCCAUCCAGGAUGAGGUCGAUUAUGACAAGGGCAGAUCUGAAGACUUUCAGUAUUGGUUCGGCAUUGAGGAGGUUUUGGAACCCAAGGUUCUCGCCUCGCUCAUGACUGGGAUCCCAAUAGCUUAG